AACGAUUAUAGGUGCGGGUAAAGUCAAGGCUCGUCAUUCGAGUGAAACUCUAGUUGGAGAAAAGUCUUGAACACUUCGAGCAGCGCAUUGAGGGAGGUGGUUUUCGAAGCAAAGUUUCGUGGCGGUGGUGAAAAAAGAUCAAAAUUCUUAUUGCUUAACAAAAAGAAAAUAAUCCUCCAGGCAUGAUUUUUCAGAUCUACGUACGUACUAUUCUCACCGUGUUUGUUACCUUGUCUUGUAAACCGAGUUACAGUCUUGCGACUGUUAUAGAAGGGGAUAACAUUACGGAAUACUGGGAGUGGUUGCCCGACAACCCAGUCGACAUCGAAGAGCAUGAUUCUGAAAAUAAGACGAGUCUUUGGAGUAAAGUGUCACAGGCCAAGAGCAGGGUUCGUCCAAAAGCCACGAAAGACGUGAAUUGGUGUAUGCAUGUCGGGGUGCCUUUCGAAAAUAUGAACUUUUCAAGAUUUCAGCUUACAAACAAAUGUUGCAAGGAGCACUUUUUGUCGGCACUCGUGGAAAUCAACAGCCUACGACUGUAUAAAUGCACAGAUGAGACCAAAUUCUACAAUUGUCUUAAGGAGGUUAAGACCACCAUGUCCAGAUCAAUGGGCGACUAUUACUUCAACAAGAUGGCGACCGCGUGCUACAAUAUAGAAGCGCAUGAUUACUGUUUCAGGACCGUGUGUGGAAGCGUCAUCCUGAAAAUAUCCGCUGACACCAUACCAGCGUUUUGAGGUUCACCUGCCAGUAAAAAACAAAGCAAGUCAUGUCGAUCAGAUCACCGACUUGACCUACGUCUACUUUUUAUUGCUGAAGGAGGAGGAAUGUAAAUUUAUAAAAGUUGAGGUACUUUAUAUAUAUAUUUAGUUGGUCUUUUCUCAUAUUGUGAAAAGAAUAAUUUAGAUUGACGGGAAACUGUGCAUGCAUGACUGUUUGGCAGCGAUAUUGUUUUUAUACACGCUCGUUUAUGACUGUAAAUACGCGAAAAGUAUAAGCAGUAUUUUGUUGAGAUUUUCAUAAAAGUAAAAUGUAAAGUAUAUAACGUUGAAAUAUUGCAUAUUGUAUAAAUAUAUUCUUCACGAUAA